AUGGGCAUCCACCGUACGAUUGCUUCCAGCUUCGUUAUGGCCAUCGGAGACCAAACCACCGAGCGCAACUACAAGAUCGGAGGCAAGGCUACUCCCGCAUUCACGGCGUUGUCCAUCGCGCGUCGUGAUUCUCCUCACCUCGACGCCUCCGUCUUCCGCCAGAACGCCAAGGACGACUACGCCACUGGUGUCGACGGACUCACCGGCUCCCCGAAGCCGGAUUCCUACUUCACCUUGACCCAGGACGUAGUUGCCGCCGACGUCGGCUGCGACGCCGAAGAUGACGAGAGCGUGCAGCUGUUCGAAGGUGAUGUAGCAGCGUGCAUCAAGGACCGCGUCAUGCGUGACUUGUUGUCCGAGGCUCCAGCAGGACCGGAGAAAGAGAAGAAGGAUGCUAGCGGCAAUGCGCUCCCUCUCACUCCAGAGCAGGAGGAGGCCAACCGCAAGGCCAAGGGCGCCUACUUCAACUUCGUCAAGAGCAUCGUCGGCAAGCAACAGGCCUCCGGAUGGGUGAAGAUCAUCGACGAAAAGAUCGCCGAGAACAGACUCUCCCCAGAAGACGCGGCAAAGGAGGCUGAGGACAUCAACUCCAUGCAUGAGGCUCAUGUCGAGCGGAAGAAGCUUGUCGAGGCGAAGAAGGAGCGUGAAGCCAGACUGGCACACUACCAGAAGGUUUUGGGCGCUAUGAAGGAAGUCGAUGCGAAGGUUGCCGGCAACGACAACGCUGAAAUGAAGAUGAACAUUUUCAAGACCUUCGCCUUCGGAAAGGCUGUACUUAUUUCUUAUGUCUCAUCAAUCCGCUAUUCUCGUCUGCAAUUUGAUUGUCGGUUUAGUGUCCUUCAACACAACAAAGCUUUGCGUAUUCGAGAACAAACUUUUCCGCUAGUUUUCUCUUCUUCACAGUCUACCUUCCCAACUUUGUUGGAAUCAUUCAAUCAAAAACGAAUUUGGCAGGCCUACUACACGCGUGCCGACAAGACUUUGCGAAUGGCCAUCACUCGUGAUAGUACUUUGACGGUCUCCAAGUUGGUGGAAGGAGAUGCUAACCAAGUCAUCUCCCUGUCAAAGAAGAUCACGGAGAAGCUCGUCUAUGAUUUCGAAGGAUGCGACGCUGCCCUCGACUUCAAGGAAGACAGCUUUGUUGCCAAGGAUACCAAGUGCAAGCUCGUGAAGGCCGAUAUCCUGCCAGCAGGCAAGGUCGUUACCACCUUCGCCGGCGCGUCCCCGAAGCCCGACGCCGAUCCGGAAGAGGCAGCUGCCAAGAAGAAGCAGAGCGGAAAGGAAGCCAAGGUAUAUUUAGAGUUCAGUAGAAAUAACACUUCUACAGGGUAGAUUUGGAGUUCAAUAGGUUGGAUGUAGGUCUCUUUUUGCAACAGAAGUAGGUGUCCUACACUGAAGUACGACGCAAACUCUCUUUCACCGCUGUCCUCGUGAAACAUGAUUGAUGAACAUCGGUAGUCGUCAAGUGUUGAAAUGUAAAUGCCGACUGUCGAACCACUUGGUAUGAUAGUACAGUUAUGCACUCUGGGACUGCCAGUUUGAGAUUUUCCUGCGUUCUGAAUCUUGUUUCAGUAGCAGCGUGACUGAUCCACAUUUUCGCAGUGGCUUCUCCAUUGAGCAAUGAUCGCUUCUAUGUUGCUCCGAGACGUUGUUGCCUCAGGAGGUGUUUUAGACGUAAUCCUUUCAAUUUUCAACGAAUCCUACUGUGGUGAAAAAGUACAUUGAAACAUGAGUUAAAUAAUCCACCACUGACCAAAUAUACAGAACAAGUGGCUCGCCAAGCCACUCGAGGAGCGCAAGGCCUCCGUCGAGUCCGCCUGGGUCCCCUUCUGGAAGAAGGAAAGCAAGGCCGUCGCUGCCUCUGAGUCCUUCUUCUUCAGCAAGUUGCACUUCGGUGAGAAGAAGGAUCUCUUGGGCGAAAACAGGGACACCAAGUUUAAGCUCCAGGUGCACAAGGCUCACGAGCUCAUGUCCGAUCGCAUCGGCAGCGAGCAGGCCGCUGUUGAGGUGCACACCUACCCGGGUGAGGUCGCUGCCGGUGUCAAUGGUGGCUGCACAUUGGAGAUGUGCAACUUGAGCGAGGACCAGUGGGAACAGUCCUUCGGCUUCUACGGCACUUGGGUCGGCGGAUCCCGCAGCUGGCGCAAGGUCAAGCCGUACUUCGACAUGGAUGCUGACCCGGCAAAGGCCGCUGAGUACCUUGCGAAGCCGUUCGCGUUCGCAGAACUUCACGGCUACACCAUGAGUCCGGUUCCGGGAGGCUUCAUCUCCAUGGCCUUCUUUUUGGGCAUCUUGUUGAACGCCGGUCAGUCGUGGAUGUCCGCAUACAUCGCCAAGGUCUUGUCUUCCUUGUGGAAAAACAUCUGUGCCGCCAUCGCGCUGGUCGUCGUGGUCUUGGUCGAGAAGACAUUCUUGGACGAUACCAUCAAGAAAGCCGAAACCGACUGGACCCGUGUGGUCUUCGGUAUGUGCGGUGUCAUCUUCACCGUCCUCGUCUUCCAGAUGAGCCCGAAAGAGAAGAAGCACUAAAGAAACAUUGUUGCAGUUGCACUAACAACAACUAGACGUAGUGUGAAAAGUAGGAACAAAUAGAAGUAGUGGUCGUAGAGCAGAACGAACUACUUUCGGUGAAGAGAAGAAUAACGAGGGGGACGUAACGAACUUCAACAUCUCAACUUCAUCUUCUUCUGGCUUCGUUGUACUGAGCAAGUAGAACCACGCAUCGCGGUAGCUUCUACUUGGUGCAGCUACGACAGACGGAGAGGAAAGGGAAGCGCUGGGCUGAAGAAGUUUUUCCACAAAUAUAACGAGCAGUGAAGCUAUAUUCGCGAGAUUUUUCCGGAGAGGGUGGCUCCGAACAGAAAUCUAAAGAAGGAUUGAAGAAAGAGGUUUGAGAUGAUAACAUAUAGCGACUACAAAAACAUGGAUUGAGGUUUGGAUGAUAUUGGGUUUGGGGGUAUAUCAAGAUAUUGUGACGGAUAUGACGUAAAUGCUCUCUUCUUGGGGUGGAUGAAUGACCUGAGAUUCAUACUGGGGUGAGCUCCUUUGUGUUUCUCGAUUACUAUGCAUGAAGUUUUGGCGUGAUGUUGUAGAAGUCUCGUACUGAUCUUUUCAGAAUGUACAAAUCUAAGACAUUGCAUGUGCAUCUUACUAAUGUCCAUUACGCAGCUCUAUGUAAAACUAUUGAGAACAGCUUCAUAUCCUUCAAAAUAGCAAAGAUCUUCAUAACAACGCGAAACAUAUGAUUAAAUGGGAAGUGCACGCUUCAGCAACCUUGUUGUAUUUAUUGAUUGUUCUUUCAAAAAGUGUUAGUUCGCGUAAUAUGUGGGUGAUGAUGGACACACCUUCUUGACUUGUUGGAGGUUACGAGUUCAGGGAACAUGACCCGUACUUCCUUGCUCGGGCACUCGUGGAGCUUGUGUCCUACAGACUGAACACCUUGAUGUGAAAUCGAUUUAGGAUGGCUCCUCGCGAGGAGCUUGACACAAAGUGUGAUGCUUACUUCAUUCGCGUUCUUUCUACAUAUAACGAACUUAACAAAACAAGAAACCGCUCAAGCAAAAAGCCAAAGCGGCGAGGAGUCGCGUUGGGAUGACUAUUGGUAACCUCUUCG